GUUCUAUUAACUAGUUUAAUAUUUAAUCCUAAGCUUCACUUUGCUGUCUCACCAUGAAUGCACAAGAGUGGGAGAAGCUAAGACAAAACUGGUCAGAGCUUCUGGAAGUCCAAGCACAAGAACUUUCUUAUCAUCUUUAUGAAGUAUGUGGCUAUAAAAAUAUUUUUUAACUUAUGUCAAAUGUUUAAGAUUGAUGAAGGUCUAAAAAUGUUUCUCAAUGGUCUAAAAUAAUUUAAAAAUUGGUAUUUCUUGACAAAAGGCACAAUGGAAUUUUUUAAAUCGUAUUUAUGUCUUAGAUAUAAAAUUUUCAAAAAUUUAAGAAAAUUAUAAAGAUUAGCUUUCAUUUCAAUAAAGAAAAACACAAAAUGAUGUUUUUUUUAAUUUAAAAAAAACAAUAGAAAGGCAUACUUGACUCAAAUGACAAGGAUAUCAUUGCCAGUGUUAGAACAAACACAGAACAAAUGGAUAAACUGUUGAGCAUCCUCCAGAAAAAACCACUUAAGCUUUGUGUAUUCAAGUAAGUUUAAUGUUGAUUAUGAUAAAUGUCAAUAGAACUGAACAAUAGGGACUAGUAUAAUUUAAAUUUCACAGGGACAGUUUAACACAUCAAAAUAUAGGCUCCUUAUAUUUUAUCAAUUUUUAAUUGAUUUAAAAAGAUAUCUUUAAUGUGAAAGGGUGCAGCAAAUAUUUUACUUCUACAAGUUUACACAAUUGAGCAUAAUUUAAUGCCUCUGUGUUAAAAUUUAGUUAUCACUAAUACAAAUAGAUCAUACAUAAUGGUAGGAUGGAAUUGGAAAUGAUUAAAAAAUCAAUAGUUACACAUACUUCUUUUGUUUAAUUGCUAUACAUUUUAUAAUUUAUAUAAACUCAUAUAAUCUAAGGGUCCUUCUGAGUGCAUUGGAAAUUCACAAUAAAUGGCUGGCAGAUAAAAUUACAGAGACGGUUUCCAAAGCAGAUGCUUCAAUUUGUUCUCAAGGUAUUUGAAUAUCAUUUUUCAUGAAGCCCUAUUAUUAUAUAAAUAUUACAAUCCUCAGUAAUAAUAUUUCUUUUUCAUUUAACAUUAAACACAAUCCCAAUCACACACACACAUUUUCUUUAGUUUAGACUUGUGAAAAGUCCAAAUUGAAAAUUCAGUACAUAAUUUUAAAUAUAUAUAUUUGUUUAAUUAUUUUAUAAUUUAUAGAAUCAUUGAAGCAGAGCUAUGUUUUUGUUUUGACAUGUGGGGCCAUCCAUUAAUGACAUCACACUAUUUUAGUCGAUUCGUAAGCCCCCUCCCCCUUCAUUAUCAAGGGCUCUGGCCUGCUCCACCACAUUUAUCCAUUCAGACCAAUCUAUGGCUUUUAGUCUCCUUGCCCAGACCCCCAGCUAAUGUAAAUCCAUCUCUCCUUCAUCAAUCCAUCUUAGUCUUGGUCAACUGGUGAGAAGUCUUCCACUAGUCUUUGCUUCUCUCUGUAAACCAUGUUGGCCCUGCUAUGAUCCGGAAACCUAUCAAGGUCUCCUGUCCAGCUCAACCUACCUUUUUUUAAUUGCCACAACUAUGGUUGGGUCUUUGUACAACUGGUAUAUUUCUUCCUUUGUUUGAAUUCUCCCUCCAUCAUUAUUCUGUACAGGCCCUAAAUUCUGAGGAUUUUCCUCUCACAUAUUGAGUAGGUGUUCGGGGUUUCUUGCAUACAUCAGUAGUGGUCUCAUAAUAGUGAGGCAUGUGGUUUUCUUUAUUCUUCUUGAGAGAUUUCUGUUCCCUAAUAACAUUUGUUGAUUUAAAUAUAAGAGGUUGCCUGCUGUUAUACUUUCCUUCAAAUCUACCAUUAUUGCAUUGAGCUCAUUUAUAGCACCUCCUGGGUAUUUGAAUGUAUCCACUCUCUCAAAGGUGUGUUAUGUUUUUUUUAUUUUUGAGAUUAUCAUAUGUAUGUCUGCUAUAUGAAAUCAUCACAAAAUUUAGACACCCCAUAACAUUAUCCCAAAUUCAUUACAGCCCCAUCCCCUGGUGCGUGGCAUCCUUUAUGGGUGGUCCCUUUGAUUAUUUUGAUAGAUCUAUUAAAAUAAAAUAAUCUGUAAUCUUUCCAGUGGACCCCCACCUCAUUGAUGAGAAAGUAAGAUUUCUACUGCGUCAAUACUACACAAAUAAACCUGGGACAGUUCCACUUUUAGAAAUUAGAGAAAUAUUGAAGUCAGAUGGUGUUUUUACAGGACAAAAUGAGUGGUCCAAUGAAAUGUUGAUACAUUUUAUAAAAUGUGAAUUUCUUGGUGUAGUAGUUGUAAACCAUAAAAAGCCAAAUCUGAAAAAUAAGAAACCAACAAUGUAUCCUUUGAUAAAUUCUACAAUUAAGAUCUGAAAAUAGUAUUUGCAUAUCUUUUUUCUUAUUAUCUUUUUCUCAUUUGACAUAUUGAUUGAAGUUUCAUUUGUGACUUGCUUUCCUUAAAUUUUAUUCAAGUUCAUAACAGAUCAUAAUAGAAUUUCUACUCCACAUUCUCGUCCUUAUGAUAUGAAUCAAAUAGCCCCAUCCCAUAACAUGGCACCAAUGUGGAAAAACUAUAGUGGAACUUAUCAUGUUGUCUAAGUUGUUACAUAACCUACCUGUGUAGAACUCAAAUAAUAUUUGGUACAGGUAAUAUUAACAUACUCACAUAUUGUGACAGCCUGCUAAUAAACAAACAACACUGUUCCGACUUGGUAAACACAAAUAUAAUCCGUUCAUUAUUUCAGAUUCAUUGAACUGAAUUUUGUUAAUAAUUUUAGAAAGAGACAUCAAUUGGGGAUGACAGGAAUUAGGGAGGUUAACAGUUUAUUAUUUAUGAUGUAAAACCUUUUGAGCAAUCUCAAGCAAUAAUAGGAUUUAGGAAAGCUAUCAACUAAAAUUUUGAAUAACCACCACCAGAACUAUUGUAGAUUUAACAGAUUUAUUUUUUAAAAGGCUCUUCACAUAUUUUAGUUACAACAAAGUUAGCUGAAAGUGAAAUCUAUUAGUUCAGGGGAUUUUUACUUUGUCCCCACAGAAAACAUUUGCACCUAGAUUUAAUUAAUAUUAAAAUUAACAGCCCCUGAAAACUAAGUUUUUUUGUUUCAAUCCUUUAUAAAAUGUAAUAUUGAGCAAUAUGGGGGGGGGGGGGGGGGGGGUUGUAAGGCUGAAAAUUUGACAAAACAUGCAUACAAGUAACACACUUUAUAAGAAUCCCUCCCUCUCCCCUCCAAGGCUCGCAACUGACUAUUUUUUUUUUCAUGCCCCUGAACUAUAUUAAUAUUUUAAUGAUCCACCCACUUUUACACCACAGAUUUAUUUCACCAACUAUUUCAGAAAAACAAAAUAUAUAACGCACUUGGGAUAUUUAUUUUUAAGGAAUCUCAUUUAGGGCAGUAAUCUGAAAUUUUCCUGCAUGUUCCCCUUGAAAAGCAGGAAAACCGGAUUUUUUUGGGGGGGUUGUGUUAAGGGGUGGGGCUGAAAUUUUUAUAGAAUGUGUUGUCAUUGGCAAUGAGUCUAUAUUCCUUGUCCUAGCUCAAUAGGUUGACAGGAAGUGGGUCAAUUAGCCAUAUGCAGGUUUUGCCUGCCUCCAAACCACGCACAAACAAAAGCGAAGUUAAUAUAAAGGAUUUAAAAAAGAAUUUAAAUUAUUAUUUUCAUUGAUCAUAAUUUUGAUUUUCCGUUAUAAUGAGAUAAAUUUUACUAAACAAAAGUUAGCACUCCCUUUAUUUUACUUGAAAAUCUUGUUAUCUAUGCGCUUAUCAAUUUUAGGAUACUGCUAAACUAAUUUUUAUUACAAAAUUGCAGCCUGAUUAAAUUGCAGAUUCAUUCAAUACUUCAGUCUUGUCGCAUAAGACUAAACUAGUUUUGAAUCUAUCAAAUUUUUUGGUCUCUGUAGUUCUGGAAAGUAUUCAUUAAACAUGAUGAUCUUUAACUGGUUUUUAUAAGACUUUUGAAAAAUAUUGAUAAAAUUGAUCCAUCUGAAGAAGUACUGGCAUCUCCGAGUGUUGAGGGGGACAAAAAGG